AUGCUCCCCCGUCCCCCACUUCCCAUCCCACAAGACUACGACAUUGAGCUGGGAACGGGUUUUGUCACCGCGAGUCCCACAGAGCUACCAGCCUAUUAUGCACCAUGGUGCAAGCUCAUCUCGAAUCUUCCCUGCCUCCUUGAAUCGAAGACCUUCCAGACAAAAGUCGACAAUCUGAAGCUCCUCGGAACGGAUCACCUCGCAGACCGGGCUCAUUGGCAACGUGCGUAUGUAGUACUCGGCUUUCUAUCUCAGGCAUAUAUCUGGCAAGACAAGACGAAGCCUUCAGCUAUUGUUCCCGCCAACCUAGCGGAACCUUUCCUCGAAGUCUGCGAGUACCUUGGUAUGAGACCCGUCUUAAGCUACGCUGGGAUCUGUCUAUGGAACUGGACGCCUCUAUCUGAAGAUGAGCACGUGCAUCCAGCUCAAGCACUGAGCGACUUUCAGAGUAUCAAGUCCUUUGCUUCCUUUACCGGAACAAGGGACGAAGACGCGUUCAACCUCGUUCCUGUGAUGGUCGAGGCGCAAGGUGCUAAGCUCGUGCCAGCGAUGCUCAAAGCGAUACUGGACGAUCGGAAAGGCGUCGCGCAAGAUCUUUUCCCGGUCUUUGACCUCUGUGCAACGACGCUCUCGAAGAUGGGAGACCUCCUGUCUGUUCUACACAAGAAUUGUGAUCCUACAGUUUUUUAUCAGGCGAUACGACCCAUGUUGGGCGGUAGUGCAGGAGCGGAGGAGCGAGGACUUCCCAAUGGCGUCACCUUGCAACGCAGCAACGGACUCCACGAAACUGUCCAGUGCGUGGGAGGUAGUGCGGCGCAGAGCACUUUGUUUCAAUUCCUUGAUCACAUGCUGGGAAUCCGUCAUGAGUCCAAGAUGCUGGUUGAGAUGAGAGCCUACAUGCCUGGGAAGCACAGAGACUUUCUAGAGGCAGUCGAGUUGUUGCCUUCGCUGCGUGAUGUGGUUGAUCAGCACCCAGAGGAGCCAGAACUGCAGGCGGCCUUUCAACCCGUCAUCGAGGCAUUCCAAUGCUUCAGGACAAAGCAUAUCGCCGUUGUCUCGAGAUACGUUUCCCUGCCUGCUGCCGCUCAGGUGCAAGGCAAGCACGCAAUUGAGUCAAAAGGGACCGCUGGCUCGCUACCAAUACCAUUCCUGAAGCAGUACCGAGAUGAGACCACUUUCAAGCCCGCACACUGA